CAUUGCAAACUGAACGUUCUCCUGUCAACAUUGACUCUGAGAUGUGGGAAUUACGUUUAAACAACAAUAUAAACGAGUGACAGUAGCUCAAGCACUUGUAAUAGUGAGUGACAAUGUGGCAAACGAGAAUGGACAUGUCUCGAGACGAGUGCAGAAAGUGUCUCAGGUGUCUCGAGUUGGAUGCGUAUGGGAACAUGGUUUCGGUGCUGAGGGCUCAGGGAUCCUUCACGGAGGACAAGAAGAGACUCCUCGAGGAGCUGGCGAAGGUACUUCAUAUCUCGAAUGAACGACACAGGGCUGAGGUCAGGCGGGCUGCCAACGAUGAGAAACUCUCGAUUAUUGCUGAACAAUUAAAUGGUCCAAAUACCUGGACAGAUUGGGCGAUCGAGGGAAGGAGAACAAUUCCACUAUUACCUCGAUUGAAAGCGCAUACUGCAUUCACCGGACUGGCGAAUAGUUUAUCGCUGGUCAUUGCUACUGCGAAUGAGAAGAAGGUGCCAUUUGAGGAGAAACGAGCAGAACCAAUAGUUAAAGCAGAGACAACAUCUCAAAACGACCUGGUGGCUUCCGAGAAGCCCCCACAGAAGCCUCAGCUCUCUCAACCCAAAACACGUGGAAGGAAACGAAAAAAAUCUUUACCAGAGAAUUUCCAAGACCUGAAAAAUCCCAAACUGAGUACCAGUGAUAUGAACAAUCAUGGUGCAAUUAUUAACUCGAUUAUUAACGAAUUAAGUAGAGAAGUAAGAACAUCGCCGUCCCCACUGCCGUUGAACUCUGUCGAGGCUGUAAAGAGCAAUGAAAGGUCAAUAUCAAACUCUCCAGAAGCCCCUCAACGCCCUGGAGACGCCCCAGAGACACCCCAAAAUUGUACAGUUCCUCCGAAAGAUAAACUCCACAAUAACGAAAGCACAGAUACAAUAAUUUGCCAGUUAGAGAUAAAUCGAACGCCAGACACUGCCAUCGCAAAAACCCCCUACAAUGUUAAUUACGAAUCUGAGAUAAAUUCAGAACGCCUGAGUACAGAGGUGAAUUCACAUGAACAUAAAGACGUAAUAAUGAGAAUCGAAGAGGAGAUGGUGGACAUCAAAGAAGAGGUAAAUAGAAUUGGGAAAAAUGAAGUGAAUAGAGUUGAUGAGGGAGAGAGUAAGGUCGAGGAGGAGAUGAGGGAUGAGGAUUUACUGAGAACGUCGAAUGCAUCGAGUGUGCAGAGGAUACAAAGUACAAAUUGCGAGAGGAAAUAUUCGGAUGUUUCUAGUAGUUUAGAGGGGCUUGAGGACGUCAGUGAGGAUAAUUCAAGGUCUAGUGGGCCUGGACCCGCUGAGGAGGAGGGGGAGACGGUAGACGGGAGUCAUCCGAGGGUUGAAGUGCUCAAGGAUCCAUCAGGAAUGAAGAAGAGGCUUAAACUGAACUCCAAUAGCACAAUAAAUAUCAGCAGCUUGAAAAACUCUCGAUUGGGGUUGAAAACAAAUAUCAUUAUGGUACAAAAAGGGGUGAAGUUGUCUCACGCUGGAAAGGAUAUGUUAAAUAAAGUAAUUGCAGACGAUAGCCUACGAAUCUCCAAUAAACCCCCGGUGAUACCUCACCAUAGUCUCCCGAAUAAUAACGAACAGGCGAUAAAUUCAGACGUUAAGCAAUCAGUGGAUGCUGUUGUAUUAGACAUCAGGCAGGAUGAUUUAGAUUUAGAGAACCACAACGAGGAUUGCUUUGAGCCGGCGGACGAGACAAACUCCAAGACUAAUUCGAUUGAUUCAGUGGGGGAGCAGAGUCAAGACUGUGGUGAUGAGGCGGCUGUAAAAACUGAAGAUUUUAUGCAGAAUGUUAAGCACGGACUGGGGGUUGUGAUCACUGAAGAUAAUGAGCAAAGUAAUGACAUCUCUGGGCAUGAGAAUUGUGUGGAAAAGGCGGAGGAAACGAUUGAAAUCAGUGGGGAAGCUGUCGGUGAGGGAAUACUCAUCGAGCAGGAGAAUGAGACUGUCCUAAUUGAUGCUCAAACAGAAAUAUACAAUUUCGAAUCGACUGAUGACACCGUUUGUGAAAUUCAAAUAGAUGAAACAGUUCCAACGUCCACCCUGGACCUCUUCACGACCCCCUUGACCUCGAAAGCCAUAGCCCUCGAAAACUACACGUACGAAGAGGAGACGGAGACCCUCGAGGAUAAUCCCCCACCAGUGCAGACGUCCAACGUCGAACAGCUCAAUCAUCACGACUCGUAACAAAUUAGAUCAUAACGGAAAAGCCCUAAAUUGUUGAAUUCUUCAAUCACCCGUGGGAAAAAAAACAGUGAAAAAUCAUCAUAACGUACCACAGCUUGAAGAAUAUUAUUAAUAUAUAUUUUAUACGUGUAUAUGUAAGUUUCGAUGGAUUUUGUUCAACGGUAACAGCGUUAUCAACAUUUUUUUUUUAUUUAUGCAGAGAGAAUAAUCGAUGUCAGAUAAAUUAUUAGUGUAAUCAAUGGCUUUUGGAAAGAGCAGAUUUAUUUUUAAAAUACGCGGAUUGCUCAUUAUUGAAUUCGUAAUCUAAGUUAUGGAAAUAAGUGCCAAGAAUAUUUUUUGCAAGAUUUCGUAUUAAGAAAAUUGAUAAAAUGGAAACGAUUUUAAUUAUGAAAAUGGAAAUAAAAUGUUUUUUUGUGGAACGAA